GGCCUCUGUUUCCCCGUGAGGAGCCCCCGCGGCCCACCGAGAUGUCCCGGCACCACAGCCGCUUCGAAAGAGACUACCGGGGGGGCUGGGACCGCCGCGAGUGGAGUGCCAACGGGACGCAUGGGACCACCAGCAUCUGCAGCACCACCACCGGGGCUGGCGGCACAGCCAGCAGCCUCAGCGCCGGCCAAGGGCUGUCAAUCCUGAAUGCACAGCUGUGAGGGCUUCGAGCUCCAAGGUCUGCCCCCGCGCCCUGCACCACCGGCAGCGGCGAGGCCAUCACCAGCCUCGUGGCCAGCUCUGCCUCUGCCACCACCACCAAGGCGCCCGGCAUCUCCAAAGCAGACAGUCAGUCCCAGGGGCUCACGACCAGCAUCCGGUGGGGGCAGACGCCCAUCAAUCAGGCCACGCCCUGGGACACUGAUGAGCCGCCCUCCAAACAGAUGAGGGAGAGCGACAAUCCAGGCACAGGGCCAUGGGUGACCACGGUGGCCGCCGGGAGCCAGCCCGCCCUGAUCGCACACUCCUAUGGAGUGGCCCAGCCUCCCACCUUCAGCCCAGCCGUGAACGUCCAGGCCCCGGUCAUCGGGGUGACCCCCUCACUGCCUCCACACGUGGGGCCCCAGCUCCCGCUGAUGCCAGGCCACUACUCGCUGCCACAGCCGCCCUCUCAGCCACUGAGCAGCGUGGUGGUCAACAUCCCCGCCCAGGCCCUGUAUGCCAGCCCACAGCCCCUGGCCGUCUCCACACUGCCUGGCGUGGGGCAGGUGGCCCGCCCGGGACCCACUGCAGUGGGCAACGGUCAUAUGGCAGGGCCCCUGCUGCCUCCGCCGCCGCCAGCCCAGCCAUCCGCCACUCGUCCCAGCGGUGCCCCGGCCACCAACGGGCCCCCCACGACCGACUCCGCCCACGGGCUGCAGAUGCUGCGGACCAUUGGUGUGGGGAAGUAUGAGUUCACCGACCCCGGGCACCCCAAAGAAAUGUUGAAGGAAUUGAACCAGCAGCGCAGAGCGAAAGCCUUUACAGACCUGAAAAUUGUUGUUGAAGGCAGAGAGUUUGAAGUCCACCAAAAUGUUCUAGCUUCCUGCAGCUUGUAUUUCAAGGACCUGAUUCAAAGGUCGGUGCAAGACGGCAGCCAGAGCGGCCGGGAGAAGCUGGAGCUCGUCCUGUCCGACCUGCAGGCGGACGUCCUGGAGCUGCUGCUGGAAUUCGUGUACACGGGCUCCCUGGUCAUCGACGCGGCCAACGCCAAGACGCUGCUGGAGGCAGCCAGCAAGUUCCAGUUCCACACCUUCUGCAGAGUUUGCGUGUCCUUCCUGGAGAAGCAGCUGACGGCCAGCAACUGCCUGGGGGUGCUGGCCAUGGCGGAGGCCAUGCAGUGCAGCGAGCUCUACCACAUGGCCAAGGCCUUCGCACUGCAGAUCUUCCCCGAGGUGGCGGCCCAGGAGGAGAUCCUCGGCAUCGCCAAGGACGACUUCAUCGCCUACAUCUCCAACGACAGCCUCAACACCAAGGCCGAGGAGCUGGUGUACGAGACCGUCAUCAAGUGGAUCAAGAAGGACCCUGCGUCCCGUGCACAGUACGCAGCGGAGCUCCUGGCGGUGGUGCGCCUCCCCUUCAUCCACCCCAGCUACCUGCUCAACGUGGUUGACAACGAGGAGCUGAUCAAGUCGUCGGAAGCGUGUCGGGACCUGGUCAACGAGGCCAAGCGCUACCACAUGCUCCCCCACGCCCGCCAGGAGAUGCAGACGCCCCGAACCCGGCCCCGCCUCUCCGCAGGUGUGGCUGAAGUCAUCGUCUUGGUUGGGGGCCGCCAGAUGGUGGGGAUGACUCAGCGCUCACUGGUGGCCGUCACCUGCUGGAACCCACAGAACAACAAGUGGUACCCCUUGGCCUCACUGCCCUUCUACGACCGCGAGUUCUUCAGUGUAGUGAGUGCCGGGGACAACAUCUACCUCUCAGGUGGGAUGGAGUCAGGGGUGACGCUGGCCGACGUCUGGUGCUACAUGUCCCUGCUCGACAACUGGAACCUCGUGUCCAGAAUGACGGUCCCCCGCUGUCGGCACAACAGCCUGGUCUACGACGGGAAGAUUUAUACCCUCGGGGGGCUCGGCGUGGCCGGCAACGUGGACCACGUGGAGAGGUAUGACACCAUCACCAACCAGUGGGAGGCCGUGGCCCCGCUGCCCAAGGCCGUGCACUCUGCAGCAGCCACCGUCUGCGGCGGCAAGAUCUACGUGUUCGGUGGCGUAAAUGAGGCGGGCCGCGCCGCGGGCGUCCUCCAGUCUUUCGUUCCGCAGACCAACACGUGGAGCUUCAUCGAGUCCCCAAUGAUCGACAACAAGUACGCGCCCGCCGUCACCCUCAACGGCUUCGUGUUCAUCCUGGGUGGGGCUUACGCCAGAGCCACCACCAUCUACGACCCGGAAAAAGGGAACAUAAAGGCGGGCCCCAACAUGAACCACUCUCGCCAGUUCUGCAGUGCCGUGGUGCUCGACGGCAAGAUCUAUGCGACGGGGGGCAUCGUCAGCAGCGAGGGGCCGGCGCUGGGCAACAUGGAGGCCUACGAGCCCGCCACCAACACCUGGACCCUCCUCCCCCACAUGCCCUGCCCCGUGUUCAGACACGGCUGCGUCGUGAUAAAGAAAUACAUUCAGAGCGGCUGACGUCCGCGGGACAGCCACGCGAGACCGUGGACGAGUCUGGUGAGGCACGUGCUCCUCACAGGAUCAGUUUUCAGCAACACCCACAAGAGGCCGACAGACACACCCGAGACUCGCGGC